CAGCUGAAAGGCUAAUUACACUGAAUUAAACGGUUAUUAGAGGACGAAAUUCCAAGUACUAUACGACGUAGUUUCUUCUACGCAUAAUUUAGGUUAGAUACAAAGGGUAUGGCUUCGUUUGUGGAUGCUAUGAAGCAACAGGUGUGUCUGAUACGGCUUUUUUCGGGUCCUGGUGUUUACAAUCGAGUGAAUUGGUUUAAAACCUGCUGAAGGGGACGCUUGAGCUCUGGUCCUUUAAAUUACAUGAAAGUCUCGCUUAUCCAGGUGGCUUAUGGUUUCAUUGACGCGAUGAGCUCGUGAAACCGACUAUAACGCGAAUUCUUACUCGUUACAGAUGCUUUCUACAUUCUACACCUGAAUCCCAUUAAGAGGGGUUUCGACAUGAAAGACGUGGCCUAGAACAAGAGUCAAAUCACGAUCACUUAAUGGCAAAGUACAAUUCUUUUGUCCGCGGAUAGCAUGAGCGGGGCUGGGAAAAUGUACUCGCUCGGCUGCUACUUUAAGCACUCUACCAAGCGCGUACACCAGCGACGUACAGAUGAAAAAUGGCUUCUAAAAGUAUUAAUGGAUUUAGAGGAACUGAGUUAUUAAACAGUCCUCGUUACAACAAAGGCACUGCUUUCACUGAGAAAGAGCGUGAAGAAUAUGGCCUCGAAGGUUUGCUGCCUCCUGUCGUAGAGAGCUUGCAGCAACAGGUCGACCGUGUUUACGGCGAGUACAGCGCCAUCGGUGACAAUCCUCUUGCGAAAAACAUCUUCCUUGCUUCUCUGCGCACGGAAAAUAUAGUUCUGUACUUCGGCUUGGUGAGUCAACAUCUUUUCGAGAUGUUGCCCAUCGUGUACACGCCUACACAAGGUGACGCCAUCGCCAACUACUCAAACAUUUUCCGUCGCCCCGAAGGCUGCUUCUUGGACAUUGAACACAAGGAUCCUGAAUUGAUCCGCAAGAUCCUGUCCCAAUUUGGACAAGGCGACGACAUUGAGUACAUCAUCAUUACAGACUCUGAGGGAAUCCUUGGCAUCGGCGACCAAGGAGUCGGCGGUGUGUUGAUUUCUGUGGCCAAGGGAAACUUGAUGACCUUGUGCGCUGGUUUGAACCCUCACAAGCUUUUGCCUAUCGUGUUGGACGUCGGCACGAACAACAAAAAACAUCGUUCUAACCCUCUUUACAUGGGACUCCGCCGCGACCGUGUUCGCGGUCAAGAGUACGAUGACUACGUCGACACCGUUUUGUCUUGCAUCAAGGAGGUGUUUCCCCACGCCUUCGUCCACUUUGAGGAUUUCGGUCUCGUGAACGCAAAGCGUAUCCUGGACAAGUACCGUAAGCGCAUCGCUUGCUUCAACGAUGAUAUUCAAGGAACUGGUGCUGUCGCUCUUGCCGCAGUCGUUUCAACUCUUCACAUCCGUAAGGAAGACUUGCAUGACCAACGCUUUAUUAUUUUCGGUGCUGGCACGGCCGGUAUUGGCAUUGCAGAUCAAAUGAUGAACGCAAUGAUGAUCGACGGUUUGAGCCAACAAGAAGCCUACGACCGCAUUUUCCUCAUCGACCGUUACGGUUUGCUUCUUGAAAAGCAUCGUGAUGUGGCCACCGAGGGACAAAAGCGUUAUUUGAAGCCUGACAGUGAGUUUGCCGAUUUGGAUGUCACCGGCGAGGGAAUUGGUUUGGAGGCUGCUAUUUCUCGCAUUAAGCCCAACAUUCUCAUCGGUUGUUCUGGACAACCUGGAAAGUUCACUGAAGGUGCCAUUCGGGAAAUGGCCAAGCACACCGAUCGUCCCGUAAUCUUCCCAAUCUCCAACCCUACUAGCUUGGUUGAGGCUCGCCCUGCUCAAAUUAACGAAUGGACCGAGGGCCGUGCUCUCAUUGCCACUGGCUCUCCUUUCCCUGCGAUUGAAAGAGACGGCAAGCUGUGCCCUGUUGCCCAGUGCAACAAUGCUUUGCUCUACCCUGCUCUCGGAGUCGCUUGUAUCUUGAGUCGUUGUCAAGUGCUGACGGACGAGAUGAUUAAGGCUGCUGCCGAUGCCUUGGCUCACACAUCACCAGCACUGAAAGACCCUUCGCAGUCUCUUCUGCCUGAUAUCACCAACAUUCGUGACAUUUCUCGUCACAUUAUCCUGGCUGUGCUGCGCAAGGCUGAGGAACAAGGUGCCAACACAGUUGCAGUUCCUAAAAGCUACGAGGAAGUAGCUGCCUUGGAGUGGAACCCUCGCUACGAGUAGGCUUUUCCUCUCGCGUACACAAGCCUCUCGUCAUUUGCAUUUGCGGUAUUUUCGUAAACUCUCGCUGAAGUACCGGACAGAAAAAAGACCGUAGCGAGUUUUACACGGACUUCGCUAUUCUAUCGGGAGGCGAUCUCAAAACUAUGUCAAUAAGACAAUUCAUGCUUCAUAGGUUGUUUAGAGCAUACUUAUUCAUCUUCGCAAUAAUGAAUUUGAUACACACAGAAAUAGACACUGCGUACUUCAUCCCAUUACAAAUGUACUACGGAG